AGGGUUAACUGAUAAUACGUUGAUUGAUUGAAAAUACCAGAGUAUGCUGCAUGAAGAACAUUAAAAAAACUAAUGACAAACAGUUGUCAUUUUAUACAGGUCUACAGAAUGUUAGUGUAUUUAUGGACAUUUGCAGCGAGACUUCUCAUCAUGUCAAUAGGAAGAAGAACAAGCUUUCUGAUGAGGAUGAACUCCUCCUAACUCUGAUGAAAUUGAGGAAGAAUUUAUGCAUGCAGGACUUGGCAUACAGGUUUGGUAUAUCUAAGUCAUCGGCUACGAGGAUCUUUCACGCAUGGCUUGAUGUACUGUACAUCCACCUUGGAAGACUAGUGAUGUGGCCUGAUACUAUUGAAAUGCACCUACCCAAGUGUUUCCGCAACAAGAUUUUCAGAAGAGUAAGAUGCAUCAUUGACUGUACAGAAAUCUUCAUCGAGAGAGCCAGUAACAACAAAGCCAGAUCCCAGACUUACUCAAGGUACAAGCAGCACAACACAGUGAAGUUCCUUAUUGGUAUCAGUCCAUCAGGAGCCAUCAUCUUUCUGUCCCCUGUAUGGGGUGGACGAGCCAGUGACAAGACCAUAACUCUUACAAGUGGCAUCAUUGACAAGUUUGUGCCAGGUGAUGUUGUUCUGGCUGACAGGGGCUUUUUCAUCGACACUGAAUUAGCAACUCGAGGGGCACAGCUUAUGGCGAGGUACACAGCAGGUACUGUUUCAAGGUCCCCUUCACAACAAGAACUCUACAAAGGAACACUGUAUCCACUGGAAGUGUGUCGUGAAAACUUGCCGUGUAAGAGUUACACCACUCCUGAUAACCACGGCCCACAAGAACCUGACACUGUUAGAUUUGUCAGUAACAUGAGGAAGAGGGCAAGAGAAGAGAUCACCCCGAUGCCAACCCUGUACCAGGAAGCAGUUGCCCAACAAGAUCCUGAAGUAGUACCAAGAAGAUCCUGGGGUCAGACGCUGGGUGAGAAGAGCAUCAUCCCUGGCUCUGUUACCGGAAGCUGA